AUGGACAAGGUAGACACGACUUCGCCGAACAUCACCUUCAGCAUCGAGAACGAGGACCACACCCUGGGCAACACUCUGCGCACGCUCUUGGUCGAGCGCGAGGACGUGGUCUUCGCAGGGUACUCGGUGCCGCAUCCGAUGCAGCCGGAAGUUAACAUCCGUAUUCAGACAACUGGUGUUCCUGCCGUGAAGGUGUUCGGCGAGUGCCUGGACGAGCUCGUCGAGAUUUGCGACCUGCUCACGGCAGCCUUCGUCGAGGCUGGCGCCGAGUCCUACAGUGACGCCGCCUGA